UCCUAGUCCAAUCCUUUUCAUUAUCUCCAUUAUAUUCAUUCUCUUCGAUAUGGCGAAAACAGUUAUCGCAACGGGCACCUCAUCCGGCCUGGGCUUCGAGCUGGUCAAACAGCUCCUCUCGCAGUCCACGCCCUACACAUUCAUAAUGGGCGCGCGCGACACAGCCCGCACCCAGGCCGCAUACGACUCCCUCAAGUACGACACCACCAAGCACAGUAUCCACAUCCUGCCACUGGAGCUGUCCUCCCUGCGCAGCGCGCAGUCCUUCGCGGAGCAAGCGCUCGCACAGCUAGGCUCGAACAAGCUCGAUUAUCUCUUCCUCGGGGCGGGCGUGUUGGAUGGUGCGAGUGGGGCGGGGCCGAAUGGAUCGGCUUGGUGUGAGGGGUAUGUGGUGAAUCAUUUGGCUCAGCAUUAUUUGGUGCAUUUGCUUCGUGAUGCGUUGGAGGCGUCGAGGACGCGGGUUGUUGUCGUUUCGUCGGGCGCUAUUCGGAGCGUUAGGGACCAGGAUCCGGCAACCCUCGACGUGGACUUGAAAGCGAACUCCAACGCCGGUGUCCGAGCAGUAUACAGCGCGUCCAAGUUCGUGCAACUGCUAGGCGCGCACUAUUGGCGCCGGGAGCUGCCCUCCUGCACGAUCGUGGCAGUCUCGCCGGGUCUCAUCCCCGAUACCAAGCUUGCGUCGAGUAUGGGGCUAACGAUGAAUAUGGCGGAUGCCAAAACCAUUCCCGAGGGUGCCCAGAAUCUUCUCCGCGCGUUCACUGCUGACGUCCCGUCGGAUCCCGAGCAGAUCUUUUUGACUAGCUGGGGAGAGUGGUGGCCGAAGGAUGUGUACGCGAUGAGUCUUGACCGGGAUCUGCAGAAGAAGUGGUGUUUGAGCAAGGAUGAAAUUGAGAAGUCUGAGGGUCUUACCUGAUAGGUGUCACACUAUGAAUAUAUAGAAAGAGUAUGUCUUUAUAGACCAUAACACACAUCCGUGUAUAUAUACCACGAAUCAUCAUUUGGAUCAUAACUCGGCAUGAACCCACUUUAUAUAGUAUUAUGACCUCUCCUCCCUCUUACUCGCAGUCCUGCUCCUAGGCGGC